GAAGGUUUUUAGACCCCAGUACCCCCUUAGUGUGAUUUAGUGUUUCUAGACGCGGGUUUCACUUUGACGUGUCUUAAGAUUUUUAGACCCCGGCAUCACCUUGGCGCGAUUAGAUUUUUAGACCCCGGCAUUGCCUUGGCGCGAUUUAGGCUUUCUAGACCUGGGUUUCGCUUUGGUGUGAUUUAGGAUUUUAACAUCCGAAUUAGGGUUUCUAGACCCCUGCAUCGCCUUGACGAGAUGUAGAAUUUCGAGACCCCAGUAUGGUUGUGGCGCAAUUUAGGAUUUCAAGACCCCGGUACUGCCCUGCCAUGAUUUAGGACUUGAAGACCCUGGUGUCGCCGUGGCGUGAGUUACCAAAUAGGUGUGACUAGAACUGGCAGUGUCUUAUCACCGAGGAGAUGAGGGAGUGGUGGGUGCAAGUGGGGCUAUUGGCUGUGCCCCUGCUUGCGGCCUAUCUGCACAUCCCGCCCCCCCAGCUUUCCCCUGCUCUUCACUCAUGGAAGUCAUCAGGCAAAUUUUUUACCUACAAGGGACUGCGCAUCUUCUACCAAGACUCUGUGGGUGUGGUUGGAAGUCCGGAGAUAGUUGUGCUUUUACAUGGCUUUCCAACAUCAAGCUAUGAUUGGUACAAGAUUUGGGAAGGUCUGACCCUCAGGUUUCAUCGAGUGAUUGCCCUUGAUUUCCUAGGCUUUGGCUUCAGUGACAAACCGAGACCACAUCACUAUUCCAUAUUUGAGCAGGCCAGCAUCGUGGAAGCGCUUUUGAGGCAUCUGGGGCUCCAGAACCGUAGGAUCAACCUGUUGUCUCACGACUAUGGGGAUAUUGUUGCUCAGGAGCUGCUCUAUAGGUUCAAGCAGAAUCGAUCUGGUCGGCUUACCAUCAAGAGUCUCUGUCUGUCAAAUGGAGGUAUAUUUCCUGAGACUCACCGUCCUCUCCUUCUCCAAAAGCUUCUCAAAGAUGGAGGCAUGCUGUCACCCAUCCUCACACGGUUGAUGAACUUCUUUGUAUUCUCUCGAGGUCUCACCCCGGUCUUUGGGCCGUACACCCGACCCUCUGAGAGUGAACUGUGGGACAUGUGGGCAGGGAUACGCAACAAUGACGGGAACUUGGUUAUCGACAGUCUCUUGCAGUACAUCAAUCAAAGGAAGAAGUUUAGAAGACGCUGGGUAGGAGCUCUUGCCUCUGUAUCUAUUCCUAUUCAUUUUAUCUAUGGGCCAUUGGAUCCAGUGAAUCCCUAUCCAGAGUUUUUGGAGCUGUACAGGAAAACGCUGCCGCGGUCCACAGUGUCGAUUCUGGAUGACCACAUUAGCCACUAUCCACAGCUAGAGGAUCCCAUGGGCUUCUUGAAUGCAUAUAUGGGCUUCAUCAACUCCUUCUGAGCUGGAAAGAGUAGCUUCCCUGUAUUACCUCCCCUAUUCCCUUAUCUGUUGUGUAUUCCACUUAGCAAGAAAUGCCCAAAAGAGGUCCUGGCCACCAAACACUAUUCUCUCACAAAAGUCCACCUGACUCACACUGGUGAACAGCAUAUAGGAAAAAGCCAGCAGAAGCUCUAAGGGUGAGCUAAUAGUCCACCUCCCAUUCCUUUGACAUCUGAUCAAGUGUAUGGACUUGCCUUUGUCUUUGUGUUAUUAGGAAAUUCUGAUGGGCACUACUCCUCACUGAUGCAGAAAGAUAGACAUUCUUUUGCAUAAAAGCCUUUGGAACACUUCUAUGGACUUUUCUGAAAUGUAUAGAAAUGCUUAUUUCUGGCCCUGAUUGGAAUUAUCUAAAGGUGCCACCUUCACUUCGCCUUGAAUGGUUUUAAGCUAAGUGACACAGCUUUGAGAGUGAGUCUCCUCUGUCAUAACUUUGGGUUUAGUUUCAUUAGCUGCUUCUAAUUGUAGACAUUUUGUUAGACUCUGGUUUAAAUAAUGCAGUAUUCUAAGUAUACUUUAAGACUAUGAUUUACUUACAUGUAUUAUGUAUAUAUUUUAUAAGGAUACUAAACCAGCAGACACUCUAGCAGAGUAGUUUAACCUUAUUAAACAUGUUUCAUUUCUGAAUAAACUGAACUAAAUCCAAGCUAUUUACAGAAUUUCCUAAAAUCACAGGACAUUAAGGACAGUAGUCUCUGUGCCAGAGAUUUACUGUUAUUUGCUGUUAGAACUGGUCUUUCCAGCUAAUAGCAGUCAGACUUUUCAUACCUCAGUGCUUAGAAGCACGUCCCUCCUGAGCCAGAGAGGAGGGGAUUGUUGUACAGUCCGAGUUACCAGGCUAAAUAUAUGUUGAUUGCUUAACUUCUUGGUUGUCCCAGAGAGGGUUCCUCACGUAGCCCAGCAAUUCCUGUACUUUACAGACAGGGAAGUUCCAGCAACUUUUAAGGACAAAGUCUGAAAGGCCUGUGAGCAAAUGGUGCUGAAUACUUUUUUUUAAGCCACAGUUUCAUUGUCUUAGUUAAAACAGGAGUAUUAAGCGGUGAUUUAAAUUUUUUUUUAAUUAGUAACUUCAAGUAUAACAACUGGAAUAAGUGUUUAUUUUCUAUUAAUAAAAAUGAAUUUUG